GUCAAUCAUCUCCUUGAACUCGUUCUGUGUGUACGCACGAUGCGGGCGUGUAGAGAGGUGUUGGCAGUGUGCCUGCUGGCUGUUGCGCUACCGUGGGAAGUUGUUUGUCUUCCGGCUCAGGCGGAUUCUGAAAGCAAUGGAGAUCUGAAAUGGGUCAGUGGGGAAGCGGCUUCACAUGAAGUUGACGACCAGCCACUCCUACAUCCACAUCAUGAUGCACAAAAGAUUUCAUUAAGCACGGAGAGUGAGACGAGACAAGACGCGGACAAAGUCAAAGCAACACCAGAAGGCCUAGGUUGGUGGUAUUCUCGCAAAGCAAGGCAGGAUCAAAGAAACCCAGCAGAUGGAGCAAAUAAUGAUAAAGAUAUACCUGAAGAAACGCUAGUUGGCGAGUAUACAGCGUCUGAUGAAGCAGCGGAUUUGAUGACAGAGAGCUCUGAAGGAACAACUAUAGGAGAUGACCAUGAAAAUAUGGAAGACAACAAUGAAGGCGAUCACAGUUAUGAUGUUGAGGAAUCUGCACCGAAAGAAUAUUCCGACAAGGACUACACGUACGAUUAUCACUACGGAGAAUCAGAAGAUGAAGCGAUCGGUGAUGAAAUAGACUCUGAGAAUGACAGCCCAUUGGACUUUGAUAGUUAUGGUUUUGCCAAUGACACAGCGUAUAUGCAAUACCUUGAAACAGAGGCAGAGGCGUAUGCAGAAGCCAAUCUUGCUUGCAAAGAUCAGCAACGCGAUGAUUUGGAAUGCCACCACCAUCACCACCGACACUACCAUCAUCAUCGCCGACACUGUCACCACCACCACCACCACCACCACCACCAUCACCACCACCACCACCAUCACCACCACCACCACCACCACCACCACCACCACCACCACCAUCACCACCACCACCACCACCACCAUCAUCAUCACCACCACCACCACCACCACCACCACCACCACCACCACCACCAUCAUCAUCAUCACCACCACCACCACCACCACCAUCACCACCACCACCAUCAUCAUCACCACCACCACCACCACCACCACCACAAAUGUCCAAAGAUUGAAACGAUGAAACCAUGGACCCAGUGCAUACACAACAGCUGUACCUCCUGUCUCGGAACAACCCUGAAAGUGAACAAGACGUUCAAGCUGCAAGCUUGUGGAACAGUCGAGUACAAGAGAGGACGGGAGUAUCUUAUUGGCUUAACCAUCAACGGGUAUCGGACGUACUACCACCAAAUGAGAUUGAUAAACAGAACGAACGUCUGCACGCCUGUGCCCGGGCUCGGGAAAGACAAGUCCCUGUGUUUUCAGAUCUACAAUGUCAGAGGUCGCAGAAUGUGCACGCGUCUCCUUGGAAACGCACUCAUCAACGGUAAACACGUGAAUGGGUCAAUCGAAUACGGAUGUUUCCGCAUCCCAUGUUUAGACCAGGGAAUGUCAGGGGACAACUGUGACGUACCGGUAGAUAAUGAUGAAGAUGAUGCCGUCACUGAAGAGUGGAGGGAGCCAACUGACAAGGAUGGGAUGGACAAUGACUUUGUAAUUGAUGAAUAAUAUAUAACUUCUAUAUGGAUAGUUCCAUGAUAUAAAUGUGCCUUGAACAAGGGAGAAGGAAAGUGGAGCCAACAUUAUAAUCUUCCUAGACACUUAUAUUGCAUAUUUAGCAUGCUAACUUUUAAAAUAUUAAGUAUUUUAUUGAAAACUUGCGGCUACUUAUUUAUUGUCAAUGUCAUUAUAUAUUUUUAUCUGAUCCUUUAUCAAUUAUUAGGUUAUAUUUUAUAAAACUCUUAAGCUAAUUGAUUGAUAGAAUGAUGCAUAGUAUAGUGAUUGAAGUUCUUGUGAACAUGGUUAUGUAUUAUACGACUGCCGUGGUUUAUACACUAUAUCAGUAAAAUAAAAGUGGUAUUUAA